AUUGCUGGGAGGAAGAGGGGAUUUCGGUGGCGAUGCGGAGAAAAGGCUAUUCUGACCGAUGGUGUCAGGUAUUAGUCAGAGGAGGACUUGUAGUGUCAUGGCAGAUUGAAUGGCCAGGAUCAAAAGGAAACCCAAAGGCAGAAGAUCUACCGCUGUCAACGUUUAUUCAUUUCCGUCCUUGUUAUUAUUUCUAUAUUCAACUUACUCUCUGUAACCUCAGGCUAUAUAAGGGGUGGUAACUAGAGGAGAUGUAUCGAUCAACUAUUCAGCCAAAUAUUGGUUAUUAUCAAUACAAGAAUACCUUUACAUACAUACACCAUAUACACAAGUUCCUCACUGUUCUUGGUGAUUUCAUACUUUUCCCCAAUUUCUUGUUCUUGAUCCACUUCAAAUCCAUGGCUGAUCCAUCCGGGAUCUGACAGAUGGGCCCCGCAAUCGAUGCUAAACUUUUUUUUUUUGGAUGAACAGGGAGGCUCCUCCCUGGUUCCAUUAGCAGAAUGAAACCAAAAUGGUCUCUGUCUCAUACAUCAGCUCACUGAAAAGAGCAGUUCAGUAAAAGGAGAACUGAAAGUAAAACGCAGUUUUCUAAGAUUGGAGCAGAACUGGUUUUGUGUGUCUAGUUUUUCUCUUAUCACAUUGCUCUUGCCCUUACAUGUCAUUCUUCUCCAUGCUUUGAUUUUUCAGGUAGAGAUGAGUUCUUCUCUGUUCGCCACGAGCGCCAUGGAGGCUCCCAUGAGCUCUUCCCUGGGUGCCAUGGGCCCCCUUCUCAGGAAGCUGCAUUCGCUGCUAGACCCCGACCACCGGCUGCCCAAGCCACUGAAGCACGGAAUCGGGCUCCUCAAGGAAGAUUUGGAAGAAUUAAGCGCCGGCCUGUUGGAGCAGUCAAUGGCGGAUUCCCCCAACCAGAAGGCAAUGUACUGGAUGGAUGAGGUGCGUGAACUUUCCUAUGAAAUAGAGGACUGCAUUGACGACAUGAUGCUGAGGCACACCGGCAAUGGCGUCAAGACCAGACCCGUCCGCGGCCACAGGGUCAGUCGUGUCAAGGUGUCUCGGCUUUUCAAGUCGUUGAAGCCGUGCACAAGGGUUUCCAAGAUCGCAGAGCUCAGGACCCUGGUGCUGGAGGCAAGUGAACGGCGUGAGAGGUAUCAUCUUGAUGACUGUGCCUCGAGUUCUAGCCGUGUGUUCACUGGGCACAAUCGGGUUCCAGGCCUAUAUGGACAUGCGACGGAUUUCCUUGUUGGUGUCGAUGACCUGAAGAUUAAGCUUACCAAGUGGCUUACUGAGGAUGCUGAUCAACAACUGAAAGUGGUGUGUAUAGAUGGACCUGCAGGGGUUGGCAAGACCACGCUGGCUAAGCAACUGUACCGUGAGCUUGGAGGGCAGUUCGACUGCUGGGCUUUUGUGCGGGCAUCGCGAAGGUCUGACACAAAGAGACUACUUGGGGACAUCCUCUCUCAAGUUCAGUGUUGUCAGUUACCCUCUUAUUUCUGCGAGGUGCAAAAUCUCAUUGGCAAUCUCAUGAAAUAUCUCCAAGAUAAGAGUGGAAUUUUGUGA